AUGGUUAACAACCUCGCAGUAUUCAUCUGUCCUCCUGACUUCGGUUCCGCUGACGGCAAACAUAGGUACUUAGAGAGGCGCCGAUACGGCAAGAAGGGAUAUUUCGCCCCUGAGAAAUUCGGUGCAGAGUGGGAACAUGUUGCGCCUACGGAUCCUUAUGGUCGGGGGUUUUCCGAGCAGCAGGUUGCUGAUAACUACACGGUGUCUGUGGCAGUUCAUGACAAAACGAGACAUGGUCCCAGAAAUCGCCCGUCCUUAAUAGACUUGCCGACCCGGGCAAAGAGAGGCACGAGAAAGCUACUUCCCGACGAGGAUGGCGACGAAGUAUAG